CGAGGCUCUACGCACGUUCGAUUCCAAUCCAGCACACAUCGAGACCGUGUCAACCACCUCCAAGCUUCUGACAUGCUGCCUUUACGUUGUACAUGAUGAUGCUGUGACACUGGUCCUUUCAAAUAACUACAGAGACUACAAACUUGAACCUCGUCAUCAUGGAAACUGCCAGUGUCGGCCACCCAAUGCAACCGACACAACCAGCGCCGUUACCAGCACCGUUACCACCGACAAUGAUGGCACAACCUGCCAGUCCCGCCCCGACGCCGCCAGCACCACCAGUGGCUUUCCCAUCACCAGCUCCGAUACCACAACCCAUGCAACUCAUCCAGCCGAUGCCGUUACAGUUCUCUCCUUACGCGCCUCCAGCACCACCAGCAACAGCGCCUUUGACACCACCGGCGCAACCGACGCAAUCAACGCAACCUCCACAGUUCACACACCCGCCCCAAUCCACACCACCGGCUCAAACGCAACCGACGCAGUUCGUACACCCUCCCCAACUCACACAACCCAUACCCCCUCGCGGACCUAUCCUGCCCAGGUCCCCUCCCGGAUCUACAACUACACAGCCCGUACCACCAACGCAGCCCAUGCAACCCGCCCAGUCACCAGAGACAGAAACAACACCCUCAACACCUCGCCGCAAACGGCUGACGCGCGACCAACGCCGGGAUAUCCUCCUGAUGCGCAGCCUGGGGUAUACAUACGAGCAGAUCUCCAAACACCUUCACGUCACGAUGGCCGCCGUUCACUAUGCUUGCACGAAAGCCAAGGAUGUGACGCCACAACAUCACAAAGCAGGGAGGAAACCUCGGCUCUCCAAGGAGGAUGAGGAUCAACUGGAGGCCUUUUACCUGACCAAGGGCAAAAAGCGGAAACUCAGCUGUCAAGAAAUGGCCGAAGAACUAUGGCCGGACCGGGGCGUGAGCGCAAAAAUCAUCAGGCAUGUUCUGGAUAAACGGGGGCAUCAUCUCAAAGGCGUCACACCUCGGAAACGUACUAGUUCUAGUACUCAGAAUCAAAGGCGACAAAAUCCUCCACAAGAAUCUGGGACGGUGGUGUCAAGAACUGAAGCGGAAGGACAACCAGCUCCGGAACAACUGGUUCAGUAGACGAUUGCGCCGGGUUUGUUACUCAAUGAUUUAGAAUUGAACAAAAAUGGUCUCGGGGCCUCACAUUUGCAUCCUGCUGGCCGGGCAUCUCAAAGCCAUCUCGCUUCAGCAGAGGAUGUCGGUGCCAGAGGGUGCAGGCGAAGGACCACAGAGGGUCGACGUCAUCGCCGUAUGUCACGAAUAAGGCACUGAUGGAGAUGCACUUAGUGACCGGGCUGAUUCCUCCAAGGAUAGUGAGCUAUCCGAUCCAAACGAUUGAGUGGAACUACUAAGUUCCAACUCGAGGACCAUCACAUCAUAUACAGCGCCAAGGAAAUUCAAUACCAGAAGCAAGAGCCAUCGGCUUUAUACCCAGCGAGACUGAACGCUCCUCUUCUCUCUGGCAAAUGGUAUAUGACAAGAAAUCACGCUUUUCAGGUCAGCCCAUUUUGAUACCUGACUGCUCGGGACGCUGUUCUGGCUUCAGGAAGACAGGUGGCCAAAGGCAUGGCACAUGGCAGACAAUACAGCUGAACCAGAGGCAAACGACAUCCCCUUUGCUGGAGGGGCAACUAUCGCUGCAGCGAAUCUAUUCAUCCCUGUGAGUCCAGGCUGUUAGUCCAUGGCCAUGACCCUGCUGCAUUGCAUCAUUCCAUGAUAUGGCCUCAGGGUGCAGGGCCUUUUUGAUUCUUACAAUCCAUCCAGAAGCGUUACCGUCCUUUCUUCGCGGCUCCUCUUCGGCCAGCGAGACUUCCAUCUGUCUCAGGUUUAUAGAUGCAAAAUUAAGCUAAGUAAGGCGUUCAUCUGGGUAUGGGGCGCAACUCGUAUUUAGUGGUUAUACUUAUAUUUCGUACGUUUUCCCACAGCCGAGACCCCAAUAUCGAAUGUCAACUACUAGUACGUGGUAGGUGUUCACACGAGCUCGUAACCGUCUCUGCACCGUUCAAAAAGCCCUGUUGACGCACCAGAGCGAGCGGAGGUUUCCGAGCAUUGCUCCAGAAAAUGGAGGAGACUCUGUUAAAGUCCACCAUUGCCAGGGGUGGAAAGACAAUAGAAACGUGUUGCUUAUUAUAACUCUAGCAACUUGAACCCAUAACAUGACGUCUGGUCGUAAAAGCCCAUCAUUCGGCCCCCAUCGGGCAACAACGUUGCAUACAUCAAUAUUCAUACGGUCCCCGUACUCGUACUCGUUCCACGCCCAAACGCCAUUUGCCCGUCCUUCAAUGUGUGCCCAUGCAUCACGAAGAACCGAUUCUUGCUCCUCCCAAGACCCCGAGCUUGCAGCCCAUAGUAAGUCCCACUCAGAAGCUGCAGUGGUGGUCGUACACGAUAUGACUUGUUCAGACAAGACACGCUCAAGCCUCGUCGAAAAUGCCGCAGUUGGGAUGCAAAGCGUAAGUGACUCUUUGGCCCGUGGCGGCAGAGGAGGGAUGGUCACCAUCGUUCUCGUCGUCGUCUUCGACAAGGCCUUGGCCCCGGAUGGCGAUGAUCACGUUGUCCUGCAGAGAAACCAGGACCUUCUUGGCCAACGAUCUCUCCGCGUGGAGUUCCUCCUCGUUGUUGAUCGUGUCCUCGAUCUGCUCGAGGUACCAGAGGAGCAGCUCGUUGUGCUCCGGUCCUUCGCCGGUACUGUCUUCGAGGUCGCGGAUGCGCGAGGCGAGCAUGUUUUGGAUCUGGUGGUACUUUUCAAAUGUAAUCUUGGUGGGAGGACGGUGCGGUGCCGCCGCCCCGCUGGUGUUGUCGGCUGCUGCUGCUGCUGGUCCGGCCUCAUCUCCGUGCGCAGCGUCGGCCAUGGGGCUGUCGCCGUCCUGGUGUGGUUGUUGCGCGGCGUCUUCUUCUUCUUCUUCGUCGCCGUCGACUUCCACAUCAUCCUUUUCCACGGUGAUGAUUGACUGGCGCAAGAGAUCGAAUGCCUCGAGGACCAUGGACUCGGUAAUGUCUUCGACACAGUUGGCUUUGGCAAUGGCCUCGCUGAGCCGGAUCAGCGACUCCAGCUGCCGCACCGUGAUGCGGUAGCUGUUCCUGCCGAGGCCGCCGGCGUCGUUGGCCCGGAGUUCCUUGUACUUCUCCACCAGGAGGGACUUGGCCUCGGGCGAGAAUUUGGGCUUGAAAGUCCGCGCAAAGCGGAUGUAUCGUUGUAGCUGUUCCGUCGAAAACUCGGGCUGGACGAAAUCGUCCUUUAGCAUGUGCAGGUUGACGAUGUGGUCGGCCAGAUGGCGGUCGACGUUCUCGUUGCACUCGUCCAGGAUCACAAAAAACAAAUCGAAUCGAGACAUGAUCGGGGCAGACAUGUUGAUGUUCGCCCGUAGCGUGGCUUUGCGGUUGUAUCUGCCGCCGAUGGGGUUGGCAGCGGCCAGGAUGCUCGUGCGUGCGUUCAGAGUGGCGUGGAUGCCGGCCUUUGCAAUGGAGAUGGUUUGUUGUUCCAUGGCUUCGUGGAUGGCCACUUGGUCGCUGAUGUCCAUUUUGUCGAACUCGUCGAUGCAGCACGUCCCGGAGUCGGACAACAUGAGCGCACCCGCCUCGAUUGUGUGUUCUCCUGUCUCUUCGUCCUUCACCACCGCUGCUGUGAGACCUGCAGCGCUCGACGCCUUGCCCGACGUGUAGAUGGCUCGUGGCAAGAACGAGGCAAUGUACUUCAGGAACUGGGAUUUGGACGUCGACGGGUCGCCCACAAUGCAGAUGUUGAUGUCGCCUCUCAGAGGCAUCCCCUCUGGUGUCAUCUUGGAAACACCACCGAGCAGUUGCAGCAAUAGACCUUUCUUGACCA